UAUCUGUAUCUCUCAUGGCAGCUGACAUCAGUCCACCAGGGAGUGUCCUUGAACCUCUUAUAUCGCCACCUACAGCCCUUGUCGAGAAGCGCCCAAAGCGUGAUGAAUUGUUUACGACUCCAUCGUGCAGGCCACCGGCCAGGAUCCUGGUGGCAACGUCGACUAAGACCAGACGACUAUGCACAAGUUUUAAGUGCGUUGGAUGUCGAUGAAUCCCUUCGAAACUACGUGGAAGAUAAAGUAAGAUACGAUUACGACCCCUGUCGCUGCUGCUUGACAAUCCGAAUGCCAAGUCCUCUCCAUGAUACGUUUUGCGCAAGAAUAGCCGACGAAAUAUCAAGACAGUUAAGGCAAUACCAACAGGGCAACGGACCUCUCUCCGAUUUCGCUAAGGAAGUCGAGUAUUUUGCCACAUCUCGAAUUUUAAUACCCGAAGAUACAUAUAAUGGUGAACAGACUUAUUCAAGACGGGAACCAGAUGCCUCAUUUGGGCACCGCCAAGCACACUAUCCCGGUGUAAUUGUGGAGGUGUGCUAUGCACAAAAAAGCCGGCAGGUUCCCCACUUAGCGGAUGAGUAUAUCUUAAACACUAAUGGGAGUGUGAAUGCGGUACUUGCCUUCGAUAUUGAUUAUAAAGGAUCUAAGAGAGCAACUGUUACUAUGUGGCGACCGGAGUAUACAACGGUAGAUGGCGUGGAAGAGUUUCGUGCGGCCACCGUUAUAGAAGCACAGGCCUUCCGGACGGACUCUGGAUUCCCAACUGCGGCAACUGCGCUACGACUAUCCCUCAGGGACUUCGCGACGGAUGAGCUCACACCAGGCCAUGUGGAUCUCGACCGCGAAGUUCUUAUUACGUCAAAGCAGCUUUGCGAUUUUCUCUCAAGCGCCGAAGCAAGGCAACAGGCACAUACACAACAUCAAGGGUCAACCAAUCGAUUACGGCCGGGCGCUCUAAAGCGUCGUCACUCUCAAACACACUUUCAGCAGCUAACAUCGGAAGACGAAGGGUCUGUGGAUCUGUGA